AUCUGGCAAACCAAGUAGACCUGCACCCUGUAGCUUCAGUCAGUCGCUGGCAGCUUGGCGCUCUUUUCCUUUUCCGCGUGCAUGCGCAUAGGGCCGAUGAGGAACGCUGCUUUUCGGCAGUAGGCAGCAUCACAUUGUUACGAUGACGAAUACUGACGAUUUGGACCUCGACAAGGAGCGCCGCGAGCGCAUGGCGAAGAACCAGGCCAUGCUCGCUUCCCUUGGAGUCACGGAUGCGGUCGCAAGCGCCCGGGCGGCUGCAGCGGCUGAGGCCAACCCAGGGCCAGCGUCGAAGCCCCGCAAGCCGCGUGCGCCAGCCGCACCCACGGCCAUUCUGCCGCAACGCCGCAGCGGCCGCAUCGCCGGGGCCGCUGCUCCGGAUAUGGUCGAGCUUGACGACAACGGCAUGCCGAUACGUAGGGCUGAGGACGGCCAGGAGGGCAGCGGCGAGGGUGUCAACGAUGAUGGGCUGAUGGACCUGGUUGGCAACAACGACCUGCGGCUGCGCGCGGGCCGUGGCGCCCAGGACCUGAGUGAUGAGCAGCUGGCGGAGGUGAACCGCAUCCGCACCUCCAGCAAGUCGCGCGGCACACUGUACGCGCAUCUAGGCAUCUGCUGCCAUUUCUGCCGCCAAAAGAAGCUGUGCGGCGAGGAGGACUGCCCGCGCUGUGCCCACCUGGAUGGCGAGGCGGAGUGCAUCGGCAAGUCCAUGUGCAGCCGGUGCAUGUCUUCAACUGGCAUGUUCUGCCGCGCCUGCCUCGACUGCAGGUACGGUCUGGAGCUGGAGGAGGUGCGAGCCGACCCCAACUGGAUCUGCGCGCAUUGCUACGAGGAGGAGCACGGACCCUGGGAGAAGCACGGCUGGUUCUGCAACAGCUCAUUCUGCAUGCAGGCCGCCGGCAAGAAGGAGACUGGCAUUGCCAUUCAUGAUGCCAAGCGCCUGGGCUACAAGAGCGUGGCGCACUGGCUACAGGCGCUGACACUGGCCAUGUCGCCGGCGGAGGUGGCCGCGAUCAAGACCAGGGCCGCAGCCAAGUCCAAGUCCAAGGGCCGCAAGACGGCGCGCGCUGGCAAGAAGAGGGAGGUGCAGGCAAAGGGCAAGGCCGGCACGGCGGAGGCGGCGCAGCAGGCAGGCAAGGCGGAGGUGGAGAUGAAGGCAAAGGAGGCCACCGUUGAGGAGGCGGAGCAGGAGGUUCGGGCCAAGGCAGAGGAGGAGGGCGAGAAGCGCAGCCGCAAGCGCAAGGCGGCUGUGGAGCCAACGGCGGAGGCGGGCGCGGAGGAGGGAGAGGAGGAGGGCGAGGAGGAGGGCGCAGAUGAGGCGCACACGCAGCCGGAGCCCAGCAGCAGCCCACGCGGGGCCCAGCUGGAGGGCGGAGUGGAGGCGGGUGUGGAGCUGGAGGCGGAGGCGGCCGAGGCUGGUACGGGUUCGGAUGGGCAGCAGGCGGCGGAGGCGGACGGCCUGGAUGUGCCGCUGCUGAAGCGGCGCCGCGGGGGCCGCAAGGCGGAGGCGGCAGAGGAAAAGGCAAAGCAGCUGAAGGCAGCGGCGAAGGAGGCGGUGGCGACGGGGAAGGCUGAUGAGCCCCUGGCGAGCCGCCGGCGGACCGCACGGACCACGCGGGUGCGCGCCUAGGGUCCUGAAGUAGCAUUGUAGAUACAACGGCACUUAUGUGAAGGGCUGCAGCGCCGCAACUCUCGCAAGCUCUGCCGCCCUGCCAUGCCUGGGCUGCAUGUAGCUGGGUGUUCCCCACGGUGGGGAUGUAUUGGCACCUUAUGCACCGUGCAUGUAGAUAAUUGCUGAUCGACAGUUUACGUACAGCUAGGAUGGCACGUGCGGCAUCGGACCUGAGCUUGCAUGGAAUGGCAUAGCAUUGACGUAGUCCUGGACAUUAAUCAGGUGAUACCAGUGCGCUGGCAACGUUUCAAAGCAUCCCGACCCGCCGUGCCGGACAGGAUUCUAUAAUUGUACGGUACGGCAUAUUGUUUCAUGCCAGCAUCUGAGACUCAGGCCAUUCAUAUUGUCAACUGUUACGUUCUAACCCCUCGCCUGCCGUGCACCGAUAUGGCACACGAUAACACGAAUGGAGCAUCCCCUCUCUCAACAUGCUCGCCUUCCGAAGCUGAUGAAUUGUAUGGCCUUCAAUGCGCCAGACCGCCAGUCCCUCACUGUAACUGGAUACACGCAUUCAUUGCAGUGCCGUCCUCGUCCGUUGGUUCACGUACUCCCCGUCU